AUGGAGAAGAUGUUCGUUGAAGAUCUCGAUUCGGAUAUAAAUGCCGCACGAGACAAGCUGAGAAAUAUCGAUGAAAAAGUGACAACGUUGAACGGAAGACCUCCGCGACAACGUAUUUCGUAUAACGAUGAGCCAGAAGAGGCCCCACUCAGGAAUGUCGGUCGUGAUGCUUUCGGGCUGAAAGAUGAAGCAAGUCCCUGGACGACUCGUAGAGAAGUUGAAGCACCAGCUGGAAUUCGUAAAAGAAUCAGCAUCGAAGACAGGAUUGAUCGGCGCGGUGCGGGUGGACGUCAGAGCUUCGACAAUCAGAAACGACAACGCCCGGAUUAUUUGGACAAUGAAGCUGACGAAGAGGAAUUCGGAAAGCGUCAGAAGCGGUCACUUCAGUCUACUGUUGUGAUGCCAGCUUUGGAUUCAAAAGGAAGAGAGGAGAAGAUAGAAAAGUUGAAAGAAACCGAGAAUAAAGACAGUAAGCAAAGAAAUCGGCGCUUAUUCUCAAGUUUGGUGAUGGGAACUUUGACGUCUUUCAAGAAAACUGAAAAGAAGACUGCUCAGCAAGAGAAACAAGAGGAAGUUGAGAAACGACUCGAAGAAACGAAAAAGAAGGACUUGGAAUCGAGACGCGAAGAGAAACACGAACUUCUGAACAAGCGACGUGAACAAGAGAAAGAAUUGCAAGGAUUACAGCGAAAGAAGGCUAUGAUUCAGUACGCUGAACAACAUGUCAAUCAGUUGAAGCUUAUGAAGGGUUGGAUAAAGACAUCAACAAGUCCACAUAUCUUCUGGCAACCAGUGAAGCACACAGUUCGUUCAUUGGAAUUGAAGCAAGCAACAGAGAGGCAACUCGACGAUCAAAUUGUCGAACGGCAAGAGAAGUUGAAAAGGGAUCUGGAGGAACGAGGCAGAAAUGUAUCGGAGAGUCAAGGAGAUCACCAAGAUGACGAAGGAGAGGACGACGAAUACGAGGAUGAUGGCGAAGAGAAAAAUGAGAAUGAGGAUAUUGAAGUGGUGUUAAAAACUGAAGAUGAUUUGAAAAGAGAGGCAGAAGAUGAGGAGAAAGAGGAUGAUAUUGAUGUUCACGUUGAGCUCGAUUGA